AUGCUGUCAGCAUCUCCCCUCAAUUUAUCCCGGGGCUGGCCUGCGUCAGAUUUGUUCCCUACUCAGAUCCUACAAAAUGCGGCAGUGUCUGUUUUGUCAAAUCCCAUCAUAACAGAGCAAGGGCUAGGAUAUGGCCCAGAUGAAGGGCACUUCGAACUCAGAAGGAAUAUUGCGGACUGGCUGAGCAGAAAUUAUAGCCUCUCGAGAACAAUGGGUGCAGAGCGUAUCUGUAUCUCUGGUGGUGCCAGUCAAAAUCUGGCUUGUGUCCUACAGGUUUUCACUGAUCCCAUGCAUACGAGAUACGUAUGGAUGGUUGAACCAAUCUACCACUUAGUAUUCGGUAUCUUCCAGGACGCUGGCUUCUACAAUCGGCUAAGAGCCGUGCCGGAGGAUGAGUAUGGCCUAGACGUGGACUUUCUUGAGAAAGCCCUCCAGAAAAGUGCUAUUGACCAUCAACAUGCGACGCUUCCGGAACGUCCUUACCGGAAGACAUACACACAUGUCAUUUAUUGCGUUCCAACAUUUUCUAACCCGUCCGGAAUUACGAUGCCGCUGUCACGGCGCGAAGCCCUUGUACGCCUUGCGCGCAAGUAUGAUGCUCUAAUCAUCAGCGAUGAUGUCUAUGAUUUCUUGAACUGGGAGCCAGAAGGUGCCGCAGGUGGUGAGAGUACCCGUUUGCCGCGGAUCAUUGACGUGGACACAUGUCUGGACGGGGGACCACCUAAUCUUUUCGGAAACUGCAUCAGUAAUGGAAGUUUUAGUAAGAUCGUUGCGCCAGGAUGUCGGGUUGGAUGGGCGGAGGGAACGCCAGAGUUCAUCCGUGAUCUCUCUGCGGCGGGCUCGUCACAUUCUGGUGGCGCACCUUCACAGCUCAUGUCGACCUUCAUCCACGAUAUGCUAGAGAACGGCUCUCUUGACAGACAUAUACACGAAACGCUUCUGCCAGCAUAUUCUCGACGUGCUCAUGCUCUCACAGCGGCUAUUAAGCAAUACCUUCUUCCACUCGGUGUGACCUUCGUAUCUAAUUCGGAAACUUACUCCGUACUUGGAGGUUACUUCAUAUGGCUCAAGCUCCCGACUACUCUGAACGCUAAGGAGAUAACUGAGAGAGCGCUAAAGGAACAGAACCUGGUAGUUGCGGAGGGAGAAUUAUUCGCCGUGCCGGAGAAUAACCUACCAGAGAAUGAGUUGAGGCAUAGACUUAGACUAUGUUUUGCCUGGGAGAAGGAGGAGAAGCUCAAUGAGGCAGUGGAGAGACUGAGUCGCGUUAUACGGACCGCACUUGGCUGUACAUAA